AGUGCUGGAGCUGCCUGGCUCUGGCUGCAGGGCUUUAGGACCCAGGGGUUGCUGAGUGGAGGAGGCUGAAUCCCCUCCCGCUGCCAUCCUCCUGCCUCUGCAGCUUUAUUCCUACAGCCUUCAAUGGUGACGGACUCCCUCCCACCCGGGCUGGCAGCCAGAGCCACAAGGCCUCGCUAGGACCGGAUCCCUGCGGCUCUAUGGCAUCUCCCAGGACCAUCACCAUCGUCGCCCUCUCGGUGGCCCUGGGGCUCUUCUUCGUCUUUAUGGGGACGAUCAAACUGACCCCCCGGCUCAGCAGGGAUGCCUACAAUGAGAUGAAACGGGCAUACAAAAGCUAUGUGCGGGCCCUGCCCAUGCUCAAGAAGAUGGGAGUCAGCUCCAUCCUCCUCCGCAAGAGCAUCGGCGCCCUGGAAGUGGCGUGUGGCAUUGUCAUGACACUGGUGCCUGGUCGCCCCAAGGACGUGGCCAACUUCCUGCUCCUCCUCCUCGUGCUGGCUGUGCUCUUCUUCCACCAGCUCGUGGGGGACCCCCUCAAGCGUUACGCCCACGCCCUGGUCUUUGGGAUCCUGCUCACCUGCCGCCUGCUGAUCGCUCGCCAGCCCGAGGAGCUGCCGCCGGAGAAGAGGAUGCUGUCGGUGAACGGGGAUGAGCAGCCACUCAUCCAUGAAGCAGCUCCCGAGAAAGGCAAAGUGAAGGUAUCCUAGUUGAGUGCUUGUGACGAAACACGGACCCUCGAGGCAGCUCUCUGCAAAAUCACCCAGAAAAUUUGGUUUUUAUUUACUGACUUGCUUUUUUUUUUUUUUGUCUGUCUAAAUAAAGUUGCACUUGGGGUCUGAGAGAUACAAGGUAUGUCUACACUGUAGUCUUGCUUUUGCUGCUGCCUUGUAAUGUAGAAAAACUCAAACUAGCUUCCACAGGGACAGCUUGGAGGCAGUCAGCAACCCAGCUGGAGCAGUGCUGGCCUCAGCAGGAGCUGCAAAACCAGCCUAAGACCCUGGGCAGAGACCUGGGCAGGCACUCAGGCCACCCUGGCACUGGGGAGAUCAGUCCUGAGCACCAGCCCUGAGCCCCACGGCAGCAGAGCGGCCUGGGUGCUGCUGCUGCCCAGAACAGAGGCUGGGCAGGCCAUGACCAGCGUCCCUGUGCAGCCCCACACACACAUCUGCAUUUUCCUUUCCAUGGUCAAGGCGUAAAAGGGAUCCUGUUACCAAAAAAGUGCUUUUUGUUGUGUUGGAGAUAAGGAUUUCUUGGGCUUUGCUGCCUCUGUGCUCAGUCCUUUCUAUGGAAUGAUUAUCCAGAGAAAACAUGGGAUGCUCUGUUUACAUCUUCUUUGAUUUCCAUGCAGAGGCUCCAAAACUGGGACAAUGGCCUGAUAACAGUAGUUUUUUGCCUGCUUCACAUGAGGCAGUGGCACCUCUUUACCCUUCUUGGCAGAGAGUAAGGGUGCCUGGAGAGGGGAUGGGGAGUGGAAGUGCCCAAAGAACUCCAAAGUAUCUCUCUGAUGUUGGCAAGUAGCAUUGUGCUCCCCAGUUCCUUGCAAAUUCCUUUCCCCUCCGCCCCACAGCUACUGUGACUUUAUAGAAUUGCUGUUUAUUUCUGGUAGAUGAGGGUCUGAACAGUUGCAGGUACCUCACUGCUUGCUCGUCCCACAUACUGCCUCAGUGAGCUGGGAUAAGUCCUGUUACCAGAGCCUGAAUCCCUGUGUUGUAUCUGAAAUCUUAGAGUGUCAUAAGGAGCAUGUGUUACCUCUGAAAUUUGUCUAUCUAGUUUUCUUAAUGUUUGUCUGUUCUCAGUUUUUCCUUUUUUUUUUUUUUUUAUUUUUUUUA